AUGUCUAAUGGAGACUUUCUUGGUGGCGAUGUUGACUUGCUCAUCACUCGUCAUAUUCCACAGGAUGAUGUACACGCUAUGGUAGCAUAUGGACCAACUCCUAUAUACAAUGAAUUGAAGACGGACAAAUUCAGGAGAGUACUACUCAAGAACUUGUUUGAGAAGUUUACGUACGAGAAGAAAAUUCAAAGAGUAAGAGGCUAUGAUGACUGCAUUGGAGCGCUCCUUGCUGCCCCGAUUGACACUAGGCCCUACAACUUUCUUCGUCUUGCAGUAUACGACAAAGAAUUGCUUCCGAUCCGUGAUGCCAUCCUCGCAGAGCACCCUUUGCCUCCAGUCACCGAAAAGAAUCCUGUUGAUCUCUUGCGAAAGAUCAUUACAAAUCUGGAUGAUUUGCACCUGAUGAAACUUUUACUAUCAAUGACAAAAUCCGUAUCAGGCUCAAACAAGCUCUUGAUUAUUAGUGGUGACGAGGAUAGGGGUAAAACUGAAUAUACAGACAGCAUGGAAACCCGAUGCAGUGAUGAAGACGUAUGCAAACAUUCGAACAGCUGCCUUAAAUUGAAAGCAAAUAAGAGGUCUUGGAUGAUUGAAUCUGCUGCCUCUGGAAACCCUGAACUCCUCAUCUCUGGUACGACCAUUGGGAGUACCAAACGACAACAAGAUCUGGGAUCUUCAAAUGACUAUCAGAAUGAAAAGUCAACUAAUGAAAAGCCUGGGGGAACACAAGAUUUACAACAUGAUCAGUCUCAACAGCAGCAAGACACGCCUGCUCACGACCAGAAUAAUGACGCUAAUCAGACUAAUGAAAAUGGUGCAACCAAAACUAAUGAUGCUCCAUCAGCUCAUGCUGAAGAGACUAAUAAGGGUAGCUCAAAAGAUGCAUCCAGUAACGAAAAUAAUCAAGGACAAGGUGUAAACGAUCAAUCUGACGAGAAAUCAACCAAUCAUUCGGAUGAUGCUCAAACAACUCGGGAUCAGUCCUCUCAAGAUCAGCCUACAGAAGAACAUGCGCAUGAUAAGCCUACUCAAGACCAAGCAACUGAAGCACAAACGACAGAAACCUCUAUGCAAGAUGAGCAUACGCAAGAUAAGCCUACGCCCACUCAAACCGAAUCUGAUAAGCCCACUUCUGCUGAGAGUAAUAGCACAGCCAUGGAGGAUAGACAAACUCGCACUCAAGACCACGGUGCAACCACUGAUGCUGCUGCUACACCUUCUUCAGAUGACCAUGUACACAAUGAAAAACCAACAGAGACAGACCGUUCAGGGACUGCCACAGUAGGCAACACUGUUACCACAAAUGAACAUCACAGCACAAUCGAGAAACCUACUGAAACUGCUGCUGAAAGCACCGCAGAGACUUCUAAACAGGAACCUACCUAUACCACGGACUCGCAACCUCCUGCUACUGUAACAUCGACUGAAAAGGUAGAGGAGCCAACUCUCUCUGAAGUAACAUCUGAAACUGAGGCUACUUUUUCAACUGAAAGAAAACCUACUCCUACUGUCACUACCAAAGAAUGGGAAUCAACAAGCUCAACUGAACCUACCCCUACUGUUACUGCUACAUCUGAAUGGGAGCCUACAGCAACGGAUACCACGACUGAGCAUGAGCUUACAACGAUAUCUGAAACUGUUGAUGAGACGACUUCAUCUUUGUCAAAGCCUGCUGCUACAACUGAAGAAAGUCAAACAACUGACCACGAAACAUAUACAACGGAUGAGGAAUCAUUAUCCUCUUCAUCUGAAUUUGACAAUAGCCAUUUGUCUUCCUAUCUAUCAAGCAUUAUAUACACGGACUCUACUGCUGCUAAUCAACAGCAAACUGCCUCAAAUGCCAUCACAACUGACAUGGCCACCGCAGUCAAUGAUGUGCCUACAACCGAUGCUGCUUCUGCUCCUGCUGCUGCUGCAACCUCCAAUAGUUUAGAAGCUAUCGCCAACAUUGUAAGCCAAACGGACACCAUGGCCUCAACGUCAUCUGCAGAGGAACAAACCACAUCUGCUGCUACUGAAGCUGCAGCAGCAGCAGAAACAUCAUUGGACACCACGCCCACCAAGUCGAGUGGGUCCAUCUACUAUCCUAGCUCUACUCGUUCCUUCUCUGUCACCUCCUCCACCGCCACUCCAAUGCUAGUUCUUGGCGCUACUGAAUGCGUAGAUGAUCCUCACGCUGUAGAAGGCAAAUGCAUCUAUGAAUACUUUUGCAAUGCUGCCACGCAUUCUUGUGUCUUUUUACUAGAGGACAACAGUGCAUGCUAUGAAGAUUUUCAAUGUGCCUCUACUUAUUGUACAGAUCACAUUUGCGUAGCUGCACCUGAAAGCAAGCAAUCAGGUCAAGGAGGUAAAAUUGCGGGCAGCGUUAUAGGAUCUGUGGCUGGUGCUGCCGUGCUUUUGUUUGGCCUCAUUCGUUGGCGUAAGCGAUCUCAGAUCAUCAAUCGUAGAAUGAACAGAUUUCGAUCAAAUCACAACAAUGAAAAGCCAGCAUUCUAUGACGCUACUACGACCAUCUUGCCAGCUACAGCCAACGCUAACAAUGAGUACCACAGCACCGAUCAAGGCAACGCUAGGCUCUCCAAAUAUAACUUUCUGGCCAACAUGUUGAAUUCAGAGCCUCCAGUGACAGCACCACCACAACAGCAACCUCAUUAUGCUUUAAAUGCUGAUCAUUUCACCAUACCUGUAGCAGCUACAGAAAGAGGUGCUGCUGCUCUAGCCAAACAAUCAGACUACAAUCCCUUCAGACCUGCCAUGACUGAGAGCUCAGACCCCUGGACACAGGAAGACUAUCAAUCACUGAAGAAGCCAGAGAACAAGACAGUUUACAGCUACAUUUAA